ACUGCGUAUAGAGGGUAUGGCGCCCAGUUAAUGUUAUGUUGCAACUUCAUGUGAUCAGGAUUACCUAGUUUUUGACGGUUGUUUGAAGAAGUAGCAGAAGAAGAAGAAGGUGAAGGAGUACGUUGAUGGCGGCGAUUCCGCAACCUUCGGUAGUCGUGGAAGAUGCGGCUUCUUCUAGCAGGUCAGAAAGCCUGGCACAUGCCAUGCCUCUGCUGCUUCCGUGCGCCGUCCUGUUCGGAGCGGUGGCGGCCUUUUUCGUUGGCUGGACCAGCACGCUCAUCCUCUACAAGACCAACGUCUUCCACAGGAAUCCACUCCGAGACAACGCGUUCAACGCAGAGGCUGUCAUUGCGUAUAACGCGAGUGCUACCCUGGAAUAUGGUCGUCCCCCAUCUGGAACCCAGUACCAGGCGUCGCGCCGUAACGAAAGUGCGGCUACUUUGACCAGCAACGAAGAAUUCCUGCCCACACAGUAGAAAAUACCAGCGCAUUUAUUGCGUUUGUCUUACCUUCAAGCAAGCAGUGCAGUGGCGCAUAAUUGUGCCUGGCGCUGUACCACAUCGCUACAUGCUAACACAUAAUCCCUUGUAUCCAGCUUUCACUAAAUGUUCGUAAAGGCUGUGUUAUCGACAUCGCUUGAUU